AUGGAGUCCAUUCCUUAUGUGUUAGUGGUUGGGAGUUUGAUGUAUGCUCAAACUUGUACUCGGCCAGAUAUCAAUUUUGAUGUUCGAAUGUUAGACCGAUAUCAAAGUAAUCCCGGAAUGGAUCACUGGAAAGCUGCAAAGAAAGUUCUUAGGUACUUACAAGGUACCAAAGAAUACAUGCUCACCUAUAGAAAGUCAGAUCAUCUCGAAGUGAUUGACUACUCGGAUUCAGACUAUGCUGAAUGUGUGGAUUCAAGAAAAUCCACAUUUGGGUAUGUUUAUCUAUUAGCUAGAGGAACAAUUCUUGGAAAAGUGCAAAACAAUCAGUCAUUGCUACUUCCACCAUGGAGGCUGAAUUCGUGGCAUGGUUUGAGGCCACGGUUCAUGCUUUGUGGUUGUGGAACUUUGUAUCAAGGAUUGGCAUUAUUGACAGUAUUGCUAGACCAAUAA